UUCGCCUCGAACUCCAAACCAACAGACCGAGCCUUCAAAGCUGAAUCCCACCCAACUCAGCCCAACCAAGCCCAAGACCAAACCCUCGCAACCUCCCAGUCCCACCCACACAACCGAGAGAGAUGAGCACCGGCGGCGCGGACAAGUCCGGCACCGGCGGCGGCGGAGCUGGUGGGCCGGUGAAGACGCCGUCAGACUUCCUCAAGUCGAUCAGGGGCCGCCCCGUCGUCGUUAAACUCAACUCAGGCGUCGACUACCGAGGUAUUCUGGCUUGUCUGGAUGGCUAUAUGAACAUCGCGAUGGAGCAAACCGAAGAGUACGUGAACGGCCAACUGAAGAACAAAUAUGGCGACGCCUUCAUAAGAGGCAACAACGUCCUAUACAUCAGCACGUCAAAGCGGCCCCUCACCGACGGAGCAUAGGCCGAGUGGAGCAUUCACAUCAUCAUGAUGUAAUUUCAAGGUCGUUAACCCGAUUAUUGGUUGUGGUGAUCUGACUGGUGCUGCCUUUUUCAAUCUCGUACCUGUUGUCUGCUGUAUUGCCUGCUGACAGAGACUUAUCUGGAACAUUUCGAUUCGAUGUUAUCUGCGUUUUUAGCUUGGAGAUGUUUGUGGCCAAGAUUCUGCGAUCAGGAUAUAGAUAAGAUUUGUGUUUUCAUGGUCGUGUGCUGCUUAGAACAGACAUUACGUGUCUUAAGACACACCCAGUGUGCUACCACCGGUGCGAUGUUUUUGUUGGCGCUUUGCUCUACAAACCUACACUAUGUGUCAGCCACGACGAUAUUAUCUCUUGCAUGCGUUUUGGCAUAA